AUGAGUGGACGUGCACGUCUCAUGAACGCUUAUCGCUCUACUAAAAGUAACUGGAGGCACAGCACAGCGGCAGCAAGAAGACGAGACAACAACUUGAAAACUGUUGGUUUUUCUCUCUUAGUUAAAGGACAGACACCCAAGGUGGAAGCCCAAGAAGACAAGAAGAAAUUGCCACGAGGCCGCGCCAAGAAGCGCCUGCAGUACAAUCGUCGUUAUGUCAAUGUUGUCACUGGAAUGGGAGGAAAGCGAGUGGGACCCAACUCCAACGCUGACAAGAUGAAAUAA